GUUUGUUUGAAAAAUUCCAGCACGCAACAAAAAAACAAAAUCUUACAAAAACAUAAUAAAAAUUCUCUGUGUAGCAAUGGGAGAAAUUGUUCCAUAUAAUCCAAAGGACGAUGAUCUCCACAAUCGUUGCCAACCCUUUAAACUGGAGUGGAUAUUUGGAUUUAAUCCUCGGAUUCCAUUGGUCAACGUUACCAACAAAAAACAAACCAAAGAACUUGUGUUUACAUCGGGAAAUUCUAUAAUUUUCUACAAGCUCGAAAACCAUAUAGAAUCUGCGUACACUUUAGUUGGUCAUAAAUCGUUCAUCAAUAUGAUUACAUCCGACUGCAGCGGGCGAUUUGUGGUGUCCUGCGACGGUACCUAUUGCAUCAAUGUUUGGGACAGAGAAUCUAAUCCAGGAUCGGCUCCGGUUGCCAUUCGCACGAUUUACGAACCAUUUAGAUCCCCGAUAGAGAUCACCGCGGUGGGAAUCAGUCACGAUGGACGAUAUCUUCUAGCAGCUUGUUGCUAUCAGCUUCAACUCUGGCAAUGGACCGUUGGUAGUGAUAGUCCAGAUGACUUCAUCGAAUUACCUUCUAGGUUGGGGAGAAUUAAAAACAUUCACUUUUGUCCUGAUCCUGGUAACAACAACCAUUUUGUGGUGACGCUGGAGAAUGCUGUGAUAUUUGGGUGUUUUGAUCCCAAAAAUCAGAAACUCUCUGUAGCAGUGCCGAAAAAGCAUGGUUUCCAGGACUACAAUGAUUCAACUUUCGUGAAUGAAACUUCGAGGGCGGUUUCCGUCACAGCUGCAGGAAUGGCAAUUAUCUGGAGCGACGAUUCACAAAUCGAAGGUCCUGUCAAAAAACAGUACCUAAAGUAUUUACAUUUGAAGUAUGCGUCGAUAAAUGUGGUCAAAUGUUGCGAUCAAAAGUUGAUUACUGGCGAUGACGAUGGUGAAAUUCGCUUCUACGAUACUCAAAUGAGAAUUCUGUACUGGUUCAAGCAGGAAGAACCUGAACCAAUUCGAACCAUUUCGUUCGACGUUAUACCGAGGAAGUACGUGUUGGAUGAUGGACAGCAGCAGACUGUUGACGAAGAUACGGAGGUUCUCUGUCUGGAAUCGAUACCACGAGACGUUUCGCUGGAAGGCAACCCGGUGAUCAUUCGGAACUUUGUAAUGGCAACCAAAUCUGGACGUAUCUAUCAGAUCGAUAUUGUACAAAACAAAAUUCAGGAACUGUACUACAACUCCGGAAGCAUCGUUACCUCGUUUGAUGUUCACCCGAGAGAACCCUUUCUUUGCUGCUGUGAUGGAAAUGGAAGAACAACUAUGUACAAUCUAUUGACGAAGCAAGCAACGAUGAGUUUACCGGUUCCGAUCCAACGUACUCGUCGUGGUCGAAUCACAGUUUUGCGCUUUUCUCCAUGUGGAACAUUUCUUGUUGGUGGUGCCGAGAACGGAUAUAUUUGGAUGAUCAACCCGACCACGAUGAUCAUUAGUGGCGAAGCUCCAUUACAGUUCGGCGGUGAGAAAAUUAAUCAACUGGUCUUCUCACCUGAUUCAAAGUUAAUUGCUGCCACUGAUGACAACGGUUCCAUUGGGAUACUGCAUCGUGAUAGCGAUGGUUGGAAACUGGUCGGGAGAUGUGUCACACAUAAAGUAGUUGAUAUUCUUUUCGCUUCGGGCACGAAGAUGCUCACAAUUGGAGAUGAUAGACAUUUGGUUGAAUAUGUUAUCGAACUGGACGACAACUUACGAACAAAUCCGUUGAUCAUUGGAGAAAGAUUUCGAAUUGAACAAUCAGCUCACACUAUCUCAAUGAUGUUACUACCAUUUGAUCGGUUACUGGUAUCGAACGAUCAAUUUAAGUUCAAAAUUUUCAGUCUCCAAACCUUUGACAUAAUUCAUACAUAUCUGGCGCCGUUCAACGAUGGUCCUGCUCGAUUCCUCUCCCUCCUACCGGGGGAUCAUUUUUUCACCUUCACGACUGAGAAAAACAUUUACGUUCAUCAACUUCCUAUUGAUGGUAAUCCAUUCAAAUUCAUGGGAGUUUACGCUCAUCCGAAAAAAUUGAAAUCUCUGCGCACCAUGAAGGACCAGUUCGUGUUCUGUUUUGGCGAUGGUGAUCAUGCCGUUAGCAUGUGGCGAAUUAACACCAUGCCAUUAAUCGAAAACCAAAAGUAUAGCGGGUCUGGAUUGGAUCCUUACUGUGCACUGCUGCCAGGAGGUAAAACAGGCUGCUAUGCUAAGGAAAUGCUUAGUCUAUUCUUCUACAACCAAAUCUCCCCGAAAAACACAGAAGACGAUACGGAAAUAUCGAUACGUGAUGCCAUGGAUCGGAGAGAUGUCCCAAACUAUCUACGAAGUAUCGGAUUUCAUAUGACUCAAUUUGAGGAGGACAAUUUGAUGAAGGAAAUCGAGCAACAGGGAUUGUACUUUCUUACCUUUGAGGAAGUUGUCAAACUGUUCCUGAAUCAUCGAGCGAUAGCAAGCCCAAGUUGCGAACACAUCCGUACGGCCCUGAUCUACAUUACCAAGGGGAUUUUCGAUGCGGUGUGUCUGACAUCCUUCAACGAGUUACUAGCUACACUCGGUGAGCGAAUAGAUUCGAAAUCCUUGGACUUCUACAGCGCAAUUUUGUUUCCCGAGUAUGCUCCCAAAGAGAACAGUUCCAAUGAGUCCACCGAUUUCUUGGUGCCACUAGACGAGUUUGCAGAAAAGCUCUGCUGAUAACAAGUAACUAAUACGCAUCGGAAGUGAUUCGAAACUACCCGUCGUCGGAAGCUGAACCAGCUUCUUCUAUGGCAAAUGGCAAAAUCAUAUCGCCCGACAGUUUGCAGAUGAUCGGGAUUGAUCACUUAUCCUGGCUGCUCU